AUGUACAAGGUACUGGAGCGCAUUAUCCUGGACCGACUCAUUAAACAUCGCGAAGAAACAACGCGCGACGAGCAAGCUUUCUUUCGUCCUGGCCGAUCUAUGAUUGACCAGGUGUUCAUCGUCAGGAAAGUAAUCGAAAUCUGGCAGCGGUAUUCGAAGCCAAUGCAACUAGCGUUUCUGGACUUUGAAGCAGCGUUCGACUCUCCUCACCGAGGCCGUCUUCUCAACGCACUUCGCGCCGAUGGAGUACCAGGAAAGUUCGUUCGCUUGCUUGAUGACAUGAAUCAACGAACAACUGCUGCAGUUCGAACACCGGCCGGAUGUACAACACCGUUUGAAGUGGUAACUGGAGUAAGAUAA